AAGCCCCGCCUCCACCCGGAAGCUACUGGUCAGCAGACUUGUUUAGUUUGAGGAGCUUCUUCGUUGCUUUCAUUAAAACGCGAACGGGCGCCGCUCCGUCCUGUUUUCUCUCUCUUCUCAUUUCCCUCUUCUCCCCCAUGGAUGAAACGAGUCCGCUCGUGUCUCCUCUGCGCGAUUCCGCCGACUUCGGUGCUUUCCCCGCAGAGCCGGCGAGUCCCCGGGGCGGAUUUGGUAGCGCGCCGGGCACGGUGAUCCGCGUCCCGGCGGGGAGUCCCGGGCGCAGCCGGGAGAGGCAGCCGCUGUUGGAGCGAGACCGGGACCGGGGCGUUUCUCCGCGGGAACACAGGAACGAGUUUCCGGAGGAUCCCGAGUUCAGGGAGAUCAUCCGCAAGGCGGAGAAAGCCAUCGAGGAGGGGCUCUACCCCGAGCGGAUCUACCAGGGCUCCAGCGGGAGCUACUUCGUCAAAGACUCUCAAGGGAAGAUCAUCGGCGUGUUCAAGCCGAAGAACGAGGAACCGUACGGUCAGCUGAACCCCAAGUGGACCAAGUGGCUGCAGAAGCUGUGCUGUCCCUGCUGCUUUGGCCGAGACUGCCUCGUCCUCAACCAGGGCUACCUGUCCGAGGCUGGAGCUAGCCUAGUGGACCAGAAGCUGGAGCUCAACAUCGUGCCAAGGACCAGGGUGGUGUACUUGUCCAGUGAGACGUUUAACUACAGUGCCAUAGACAGGGUGAAGUCUCGGGGGAAGCGACUCGCUCUGGAGAAAGUGCCAAAAGUGGGGCAGCGCUUCCACAGGAUCGGCCUGCCGCCUAAGGUUGGCUCCUUCCAGCUUUUCGUAGACGGUUAUAAAGACGCGGAUUUCUGGCUGCGGCGGUUCGAGACCGAGCCGUUACCCGAAAACAACAACCGGCAGCUCCAGCUGCAGUUCGAGAGACUCGUGGUGCUGGAUUACAUCAUCAGGAACACGGAUCGAGGCAACGACAACUGGCUCAUAAAGUACGACUGCCCCAUGGACACAUCAGGGAACAGGGACAGUGACUGGGUGGUGGUGAAGGACCCCAUCAUUAAAAUAGCAGCCAUUGAUAACGGCCUGGGGUUUCCCCUUAAACACCCAGAUUCCUGGAGAGCCUACCCGUUCUACUGGGCGUGGCUGGCUCAGGCGAAGGUUCCGUUCUCUCAGGAGAUCAAAGAGCUCGUCCUGCCCAAACUGCUCGACCCCAACUUCAUCAAAGACCUGGAGGAGGACCUGUACGAGCUCUUCAAGAAAGAUCCAGGUUUUGACAGAGGCCAGUUCCACAAGCAGCUCUCAGUAAUGAGAGGACAGAUCCUGAACCUGACCCAGGCCCUGAAGGACGGCAGAUCGCCCCUGCAGCUGGUACAGAUGCCCCCCGUGACCGUGGAGACGGCUCGGGCGCCGCAGCGUGCCAACAGCGAGUCCUACACCCAGAGCUUCCAGAGCAGACGGCCGUUUUUCACGUGGUGGUGAUGCGUGCCGGCGGGCGUGGCUAACCCGAGACGUGCUGCUCUUCCUCGUGAACUGUAUUUGGGAAGGAACUGAACAGAGACCGUGCUUGAAUGAAAGAAGCAGAAAGACCGCUUCCUUUUAGCCUUCACCCCCUCCUCCCUCCCCCGAAUCAAAUCCGUGAUUCCUCCUCUUUAAAGAGGACCGUUACCUUAAUAAAGGUACACUGACCUGCCACACUGUCUGCACAGUCACGCACGCGCACACACACACGCGGUGUUUUACUGUAAUCACACCGGCGACGGACGUGCGCAUAUCCCUGCAGCGCUCUCCCUCACCUGCACUGUCGCCCUCUGGCUGUGUGGAGGACGAACUGCAUGUCCAUAACAACUUAACCUAAUAGUGCGACUAAACUGACAACAACAAAACGUGCCACAGAUCCUUCUCUGUAGAGCUUCUCUCUCUCGCCUUCCUUUUUUCUUGUUUUAACAUCUUCACAAACUUCUGGAAUGGUGCAUACUUCUGCCUUGCCUAUGUUUUAUUUUACUUUAUGUAUUUUCCCCUAUAUCGCGCGCAUGCGGCUGUCUGAUCUCGACUGAGCAUGUGCAGAAACACUGGAAUGCUCCCCAUCCCCCCCCCCCCCCCCAUUGUUUUUGAAAAGCAGACAUUUUUUAAUUUACGACGUAUUUACUUCAGCGAGAUGAAGCAACUGACUGUAAAAUGUCAUGGCGAUGCACUGUAUAAAUUUGUAUGUAAUGUAAUUUAGCAAGAAAAUAUAAGCUACAACAGGACCAGGAAA